UCUUGUCUCUCCCAGCAACCUUCACUCGUGUGAGAGAGAGAGAGAACUCUCUCAUUUUUCACUCUCUUUCUCGCUCUAACGCAUGCUUUCUCUCUCUUAAAAUUGCCUUGCAUUACACACUCUCUCAAAGAGUUUGCUUUAUUUGCUCAUUAUGCUUUUCGGCUACUGACCAAGUUCCUCUGAUCACAUCUUUUGCUUUCCCCCCUUCAACUUUCGUUGAUUCUUUGAAAAAAUUCUCAUUAGCGACGAAUUCACCGUUUUUUGAUUUGGGGUUGGAUUCUUUUGGAGCUUUCAGCUGAAGAAAUUGGUCGACAUGAUUGCUUCUUCCUGUUGUUUGUUGGGUUUUUCUUUGCCUUCACUCUUCUGAGAUCUGGUGGGAGCUGUGGAUCAUACAAUGGGACGAGAGACAGAAUUGGACUCUGACAGCAUUUGCUCGGUGGAUCUGAGUCCUAACACUGUUCUUCCAUCGUUUCCACGGCGUUCGAGCAUGAAAAAGAGAAGCACGAAAAAAAAACACAAGCAUAAAGACUUUGUAUUGAAUGUGAAGGAUGAUUUUACGGAGAUUAGAUUUAGUGGCGACCGCAGGUCUCGAAAAAGCAAUUCUCCUGGCCUAGUUGAACUGGAAGAUGAUAAGCAUAAAGAUUUUGUGUUGAAUGUAAAGGAUGAUUUUACAGAAAUCAGAUUUGGUCGUGACCAAAGGUCUCGUAAAAGCAAUUCAUCUAGCCUCGUUGAACUGGAAGAUGAUGAAGUGCUUCAGCAGGGUUCUAAGUACCAAAGCUCCGAAGAUGUAGGUAACACAGAAGGGAUGAACAUUCAUGGGGAAAGGAGAAAAAUCGAAAUUUCGCAUGACAAUUACACCUCUUGGUCUUCUGGUAUUAUUGCCACUUUGUGCAGUUCAGAUGAGGAAAUCCCAAGGCGGAGAUCUCCAGUAUUAUUAUCAUUAGACAAAAAACUGAAUCAAUCACCAGUUAGUAAAGCUUGCAUAGGUCCGCGUUCAUCAGAUAGCUUCAUUGAGAUCUACUUAGGUUCUGAGAACAGUGAAAAUCUAUCGAAAGAUUCUAUCAAUCAUCUUGAAAAUGUUAAAGGUGUUGGACCCCUUGACAGUGGCAAGGAACGUUUGAAGAGAGACAAGCUCCACACAUUGCAGAAGUCACUCUCUGCUAAGGUAGAAAUGCCUAAAAAUCAGCUUCCAUUGGAAAGUGAUCUACGGUUUCGACACAGCCCAAAGGUUCAUAUCAGUCCUUUCAGGAAAAUGUUGGAUCCAUUUAUGAAAUCUAAAUCUGUCAGAAGUCGUUUCAGUCAUGCAGUAGAAGAUGGUGGAGAUAAAGCUGUUAGGACAUUUGGCCUGCGAAAAAAUGAGACAUACAGAAAAUCUUUGUUGCAAGAUUUCUCAAAUACAGCAAAGAGUUUAGAUUGUGAUUCUCAUUUUGUGAAUAAUGACAAUCACCAAACUGGUGGUGUAGCAUCUUCACCCGUUCAUUUACAUGGCUCUCUCAAGUUGGGAAAAAAACAUGGGAUGCCAUUUUUUGAGUUCUCUCAGAACUUCCCUGAAGAUGUCUAUGUGGCUAAGACGUGGAAGACAGGCAAUGCUUUUAAAUGGGUGUAUACAUUUUAUUCCGUGGAUCAUCGAAAAAAAGGUAAUGCAAGUGGUUUUGGAUUAAAUCACAGCUGCAAAAACUCCUUACUGGUGGGUCAGAUGCAAGUUUCCUGUUAUUUAUCCUCUGAACUUAGAGAUGGUGGUUUCGACAACUCCAUGGUCACAGAAUUUGUUCUGUAUGAUACUGCACGUGCUAGACAGAGUACUGCCUCCCAAGAAAAUUGUGACUCUAUUCCCGAUGUUGUCAAACCUCCCAAAAGUUCUAAUCUGGAAGCAUUCAGUAUGAAUGAUGGGACCCCUCUUGAAAAACCCAAACUUCAGCAAAAACAUGCUUCUGAAAAUUGUGAUUAUGGUUCUAUAGAUUCUUGCCCUAGGGAUUCAGCAGAUUUACAUCCAAACUUGGAAUCUGCAGCUAUUGUUAUGCAAAUCCCAUUUAGCAAGAGAGAGAGCUUGAAGUAUAAAAGAGGUGAUAAGACGAGCAGUAAAAUGAACUCAGUCAUACAAAAUCUCUCUAAGAUUGAAAAAAGGAUAGACGAAUCUCCUCGUCGCACAACACAAGAAACUCUGAAGGUGGUACUUCCCAUUGGAAACCAUAGUUUGCCAGCUGUCGAAAGCCAUGGCCCUUCUACAUUACUGGAUCGAUGGAGGUUGGGAGGUGGUUGCGACUGUGGCGGUUGGGACCUGGGUUGUCCUCUUCUAAUUUUGGGCAGCCGCAGUAUCCACUGUGCUGGAAAUCAAGCACAAAAGGAGAAACGGACUUUUGAGCUCUUUCUUCAGGGAGUAAAGGACAACACUCCAGCGUUGACCAUGAAUGUUGUCAAAGAUGGACAAUACUCGGUCGAUUUUCAUGCGCAGUUAUCAACAUUACAAGCAUUCUCCAUUUGUGUUGCUAUUUUACACGCGACCGAAGCCUGCAAUGCUAUCCAGGUGGAGGAAACAAAAGAGUUACAGCAUUGUAAUUCCUUAAAAUUUCUUCUCGAGGAAGAAGUAAAAUCCUUGAUUGACGCAGUCACGAUGGAGGAGAAUAAAAGAGAAACAAGAACUUUGAAAGAAACGCCGCCAUCAUAUCUGCUCAAUCCUCCAUUUUCUCCCAUUGCUAGGGUGUAGUGUAGGAUUAAGGCCAGGUUGAUCAGUGCACGUAUUAUGGCUUCCUCAGAUGAUUCCAGAUUGACUCUAGAGAGAUCACCUGAUUAGAGUCAUGGAAGCUGCUUAUAAAGUUCAAAUGGAAGUAAGGUACAAGGAACCUUUUCAGCUACUGCACGGGCUCUCGGAGUCGGGGGAUCGGAAUUCUUUUGUAGAACAGAGCAAGAGCUUACUUAAAGAAAAGCUGAAAUGACUAGUAGGAGAGACUUGGGAAGAUGCUAAUUAGGGGAACUCCACAUCAAGAGGGUGUCAGGGCCCUUUUAUUUAUUAUUCUUCAAAACCAAACCUUUUUGAAUAACUUGAUAGUUAACUGUCCAUAUUGUAAUUUGGUAGGGAGAUAUGAGUAGCAAAUUGAUAACUAGGGAAACUAUUGUCCUUCACAUUGGACUUUCUGUAUAUUAUAUUGUUAGAGGGGAAGUGAAAGUCUUGUAUGGGUAUAAAUAUA